AAAACGUCAUUUUUGAAAGGUUCAUUGAAAUUUAUAAAAUUUUUAAGUUCACAUCUAAUUUUAACUAAUUUGGUUGUUCAAAAAUUUUCUAAAUCACAAUGUCUGAAUAUCAUAGCAAAACGAAGAGCGAGGGGGAUCUUCCUGUAUUUCUUGAAGGGGUCGAUGAGAAAGAGCAAAGUCGUCGGCUCAGCUCUUAUCUCCGGAACCUACGCGAUCGCCUGCGUUGGGCGGUUCAGCAAAACCAGGAAGCCGUCCAGUCAUCGUCGAAGCUGCUCAAGGAGGUGGGCGAUAUAAGCGGCGUGCUGCUUACGAAGUCCGGUUCCCAGAUACCGGCCACCAAGAUCCGACGCCUGAUCAUGGGAUUUGAGGCUGUGAAUGGGUCGAAUAUAACGGAGAGUACCACAGCGCCGGAGAUCGCUUUGUCCACGGAUCUGGCCGAAACUAGAGCCCUUCUGGCAGAGUUUGAGGCUCUAAACGAGAGUCAAAUUCUAAGGGAAAGCAUCGUGAGCUUCAAAGGCGCCGGAGAGUCGCUGGAGAAGUUGCUUGCUACUUUAGAGAAGCCCAAGACUCAGGCCAGCCAGCUGAGUGCAAAACCACAAGCCAGUCAGCUCAGUUCUAGGCGUAAUCUCCGUGAGAAGAUCGAGGCCUUUAAUAAGGGAGAGAAGCUGGUCGACACCUGUCGCCACUUCACAAACUGCUUCAAGGCCUCCCAAAGUGCGGACGAACUGAACAAUACCUUUGAAGGAUAUGUGACCCAUAAUAACUCGAAAACGAACUCUGGAUACGAGGGCGACGUCGAUACUGAGGCGGAGUUGGCUGAUAAGUCAAGCAAUGACAGUGACAGAUUCCACAACAAAUUAUAAAGACCGUCAAGUGACAAGGAUUUUACUCAAAAUUUUAUAACUGAACAUAUGACUACAUUACAAAUUACAUAUUUUACAGCAAUAAAAAUUAAUAUCCCCUGGCA